AUGGCGCUGCGGCCACCACCUUCCAGGAGCAAGCCAGUGCCGGAUGAAAGCACUAUCGAUGCCCGUGGCCGCUAUCACCCUGGACGCAUGGGGGAGAUACGCAAACAGGCCCAUGAGAAGCUGUUCCUACAGCGACCUUCCGUCGAGCAGCGAGUUUGGAAGGGCCCUGGAGCCUGGAAAUGGAAAGAAACAGGGCGCCUGGAUUUCGACGACGUCAUCGGAGAUGGUUUCUGCGCGCGCUACUCCAGGGAGUUCCUGGUCUUCAACAAGAAGGAGGACAAAGUCCUUGCCGAGUUUCUGGAAGAUCUGAAAGCGAAGUGUAAAAGGAAGAGCGAUCAGAAAGACAUGGUGCGCCUGGUUGCCAAGGAGGUCAGCAUGGCUUUCGGCGGUCUGGAUCCCAAAGUCGCCUCGACAUGGCAAAAGCGGAUCGAUGUUUUGGCCUUGCCUGUGGGCGACUCGCUCCACAUUGGAAAGCUGAUGCGGCAGCCUGGAGUUCGGUUCAGCGGAGCUGGUAUGUGCCGCCACCGAACUCUGCUCUUCAAGUACCUCAUGGACGAACUGAAGGUGGCAGAUUGCGCAGCACUCACUGGAGUCAUCGUCCCUCCUGAUGUAACCAACGUCGACAAAUUUCGCAAGCAAAAUGGCUUUGCGGACCAUGCUUGGAAUAUCGUGAUUAUCAAUGGCGCCAACAACUUGCUGGACAUCAUGAACACACCCACCGAGCUUCGAACGCCGAACGACAAGGGGGAAUUGCAGCUCAAGGCCGGGCAUACCUCGUACCGCUACUACCGCAUCGAAGGCGGUGCUGGCAUCUCCUCCUUAGCCGCUCCUCGUGGGGAUGCUUGCGAGCCGAGCAGUGACGAUGACGACUAUGCCUCGCUCCCUGAGGCUGAGGAGGAGAUGGAUGCAUGCUGCAACUUCGCAGCGGCUGCGCCAUCUUGGCCGGUGGACGAGGUCUACUGCCGAAGCAGCGGCAAGUUAGAGCCGGUCCUCUACUGCGAGCCGCGCGAACCAGGCCGUUAUCUGGUGGAGUUUGAAGUGGAGAUUGGCGGCAAGUGCUGGCGUGCUCGGAAGGAAACGUCAACAUCAUCCAGGUCUGGUGGAGAUGUUGAAAAGCAUGGACCAUGCUUCAAAGAUGUGUAA